AUGAGCGAUGACAAUUAUGUCAAUGCACUAGGGCAGAUGAUCACUCUGCUCCAAGAGUACAAGCCUGGACUGGUAACCCUUGAUAAUGUAUCUCGUUUGUGCAAGACCCUUAGGCUAGAAUCUUUCACCGACAAUAUCGACAGCGACACCAUCAGACUUUCGACCGCCUCCAAGAUUAUCGUGAUAGACAUGGACUUCCAUAAAUCUGACAAGCAAGUAAAGGAUGUCAAGCUGGUUUUGGCAAGUAAUUUCGAUCAUUUUAAUUACUUUAAUGACGGUGAUAAUGGAAAUAUACUGUUCAACUCCUUGGAGUGCUUCCCUGAUUUACGAACAUUUUACCACAACCUCAAGUUUUUGUCCCUUUUAGAUACUUAUUCUAUCAUAGAGACUGAGUCGGGAGUAUCAAGUAGAAAAGAGCGAUUAGACCUGUUCAGAUAUUUUACAGAGCUACCAGAUCAACUUAGGUCUUAUUUCAAAGACGCAUCCGUGAACGCAGAAAUCAGAAUAAAUGUUGACAAUAGGUUCGGAAUCUAUAUAAUGUGCGAAGACAAACUCGUUGCCAAGAUAUGCAUCGAUGAAAGCGAUGAUAGUGCCCACCGCUUUUACGAUUACCACUACAAAAAUAGUGAGUGGCGCAAUGAAGAUCCGGAGAGUGCAGUAACCGGAGUUAUGCUGACGCUGCAAGUUUGCGACUCAAAUCUUUUCUUCCCAAGAGAAUUCAUUUCUCGAGACCUUUUACUCGAGUGUGAUCUUCAAAAACCAUAUUCUGUGGUAAAUCACCAAAAAUCGUUGCAACUUUACAACGAUAUUACCUCUGCUCUUGUUCCAGCAAGCAAAUUCAACAUCAGCAAUCAAAACAUUGAGCUGCUUGGAGAAUUGGUACGGUGGAUUAAUUGGUGGCAACAUGUUCUCUCACCUGUUCUACAUGCACUCAAAUGUCCUGCCCCACCACCGUCCGUCGAUUUGAAAAGACGAUCGUCAUCAAAUUCUACUACUGUAUCCUCACAAAGACGGACCAGCGUCUCGCGGCGCCGCAGGUCUUCUCAACAGGGUCAUCGGCCGAGCUUAAACGAGUCCAGCAUGAUGAAAGACGGAGGUUUGCAACAAUUCACGCUUAAUGAAGUCAUGAGUCAACCUGUCUUAGACGAAAAAGACGAAGAACCACACGAGGUGGUGGAUCUGAUAUUAAAUGAAGAGUAUUUACAAUUAGGCAAGCAAGAGCGGUGUGAGAUACAAAUGGGGCUACAGGAGUGGCAAGGCUUCAUGAUUAAGUUCAAGUCAAUGAGUUCGUAG